AUGAGCAAGCGGAUAGCAUCAUCGUCAGGCUCUGAAUCCGGUGGGUCUGAUGACAACAAUUACCGCGUUAAUGGGAAAGGGCAUUCGAAUGUGGACAGUCACAAUAAUAAGGCAUCUGGUUCGGAUGGUGACAAUGAGAGCCGUAAAAGGAAAGGUAAACGGGACACGAGGCCUAGCCGUACCGUCACGCUAAACAAGAAAGUUAUUGAGAGUGGCACUUCGGAGGACGAUUCUGACAGUGACGGCGGGCAGCCCUCGAUGAGUAGGAAAAGGAAAAGGGUAAAGAAUACCAAGAGCGGGAGAAAAAAGACACGUGGCGGAACUGCAGGAAGCGCGCGGGAGAGUGAGGAAUCGGAUAAAACUGAAGUGGAUGAGUAUGAUGACGAUAUGUUCCUCGAUGAGGAGGACAGACGACGUCUACAAGAAAUGACUGAGAAAGAAAGAGAAGCUGAAAUAUUUAAAAGGGUUGAGCAGAGAGAAAUAUUGUUGGCUAGGCAUGCGAUCCAGAAGAAAAUUCAGCUGAAAAAGGGUGAUGCGGAGGGCGCGUCGAAGAAGGAUAGAAGUGAGAAGAAAAGAAAGGAAAGAAAGGGAAGUUGGGAACGAGACUCAGUUAAAAGGAAAAUUGAAGAGAGCGAUGAGGCGGAUGAACAAGCGGAGGAGACCGUUAAGAAAGAUAUAGAAAUUGAACAGAAGUCGGUGGCGGAGCAAACAAAAGUUAAGGAUAAUGCUUCAGAUCAUGAAGUUGGAUUUGAUGAGUACGAACGACCGUCGGAAUUGCAGAGAAAGCAAAAGCAAAAAUCUGCAAUGGCUGAUUUACUGAACAGGCGGAAAGAGAAGCGCGAAGCUGAACAAAAGAAAAAAGCUGAAUCCCGUAAAUCUGCUUUGGAUAUUGAUGAAAUUUUUGGGAAGGACGAUAGUGACGAUAAUGAGAAGAGCUCGAGCUCAUCUAGUCACAGCUCUAGUCGAUCUUCUUCAAGAUCGUCGACCCAUAGUCGCAGUCGUACCAAAUCACCAGAGAAGAAACGCGAAGUCAGUUCAGUAGCGGAUCUGCAACGGAUUGGAUUGUCACGACGGACUUUGUCGAAAAUAGUACAUACUCCGUUCUUCGAAAAAACUGUUCUUGGGUGCUUUGUGCGGGUGGGUGUAGGAAAUAGUCGUGACCAACGUGCUACCUACCGCGUUGCCCAGAUAGUGGAUGUGGUAGACACAGCAAAAAUUUAUGAUUUAGAGGGGACUCGGACAAACAAAGGGUUCAAAUUGAAACUUGGAAAAGAGGAGCGCAUCUAUAGGCUUGCAUUCCUAUCAAAUUCCAAGUUCACUGAAAGUGAGGUGAACUAUUGGCUUGAUGCGAUGAGGUCUAAUAACUUGCCAGUACUCACUAUGGAUGUUGUGGAAAAAAAGGAAGCGGAUAUUGAAAAAGCUCUCAAUCACAAGUUUUCGGACGAGGAAGUUAAUUGGAUGAUACAGCAGAAAGCUCGCUUCGUUAAAGGGCCAUAUAACUUUGCGAUAGAGAAGAGCAAUUUAUUGAAACUCAAGUUGGAAGCUGAGCAGAAUGGGAAUUUAGAGGAGCUAGAACAUAUUCAGCAUCAAAUUGACGAAUUGGAAGCUAAGGCGGCGGAAUUGGAUCGCCGGCGAACGGAGUCAAUCAGGGGUAUUAGUUGGAUAAACCAAAGGAAUAGGCAGUCUAUGAAAGACGCAAUUCUGAGUGGGAAGGUUCAUAUGGAAGUUUCAAGUCAAGAUGAUCCUUUUACAAGAAAGAAUGCUCGAAUGAAGCCCGUUUCCGGAAAGGACAGAUCUGGUGCUCAUUUAGCAAAUCCCACUUCUGUAGCGGCCAUAAAAGAUUCACCAGUUAACAGUGCAGGGUACGCUCCGAAGACUCAGCCCACUGUUGGUGGAUCAGCGUCCGAUCCCUCAAAAUCAAAAGCACCGGCACCUGCAUCAUCGAUGGGGGAAAAUGACCUUUUCAAAGCACAUGAUUUCGAUUUGGAUUUGGACAUCGUAUUGCCUCUAUUUAUUUCAGCCCUUGCUCCUGGAACUACUUCCGUUGCAUCGCUGGACGCUGACGUGCGAAAUGCGUCGUCCUCAGCGCCUGCACUAGCAUCUCGUAGUUCGAGGCCAUUGAGCAUUGAAGAUUAUAAACGACGGAAGGGAUUGUUGUGA